CUAUUAAAGCAAAGUUGGUUGACUUGUCUGCUAGCUAACUAGCCCAGCUCUAUUUUCAGCGCGGCGUGCAAGUGAUAGUGGACAUAUGUGUCUGGAAAUAACCAAAGUUGCGUAGUUUUUAAAAAGUGGCUAUUGUACGUGCUCGAAUUUAUCAUUGGAUUGAGACUAUCCUUAGUUACUUCCUAUGUUUUACUGUCGUUUCCGAAGAGCUAACUUAGCCAGCAAUCUGUAAAAUAACUGUCAUGAUUCUCCGACGGCUCAACUCCUUAUGGGUGGUCCCACAACUACGUAUUGGAGUGGCAAACUCCCUGGUCAGACAGAGACAUCUAGUGGAGAUCGGUCGGUCUAUUUCUUCAGACAUGUCUGAGUUUCGACAGGUGUUUUCAAAAGCGAAGCACAUCGCGAUAAUCACGGGAGCCGGGGUCAGCGCGGAGAGUGGCGUGUCCACGUUCAGGGGCGUCGGCGGCUCCUGGAGGAUGUGGAAAGCGCAGGACCUGGCCACCCCUGAGGCCUUCUCGCGGAACCCGUCCCGGGUCUGGGAGUUCUACCACUACCGGCGGGAGCUGGCUUUGUCCAAAGCUCCCAACGCGGCGCACCGGGCCAUCGCGGAGUGCGAGGCUCGGCUGAGCAGACAGGGCCGCUACAUCACCGUCAUCACGCAGAACGGGGACGAGCUGCACCAGAGGGCCGGCUCCAAACACGUCCUGGAGAUCCACGGAAACCUGUUCAAAACCCGAUGUGUGAGCUGUGGAGAUGUGGCAUCCAGUCACCAGAGCCCCAUCUGCCCCGCGCUGGCAGAGACAGGUGACCCUGACCCGCAUGUAAGCGAUGCCAAUAUUCCCGCUGACCAGCUUCCGAGGUGUGAGGACGAUGACUGCAACGGUCUGCUCCGGCCGAACGUGGUGUGGUUCGGGGAGACGCUGGACUCGCAGGUCCUGACCAAGGUGGAGGAGGAGCUGAACAUCUGCGACCUGUGUCUGGUGGUUGGCACUUCCUCCAUAGUUUACCCGGCAGCUAUGUUUGGCCCUCAGGUGGCAUCCAGAGGCGUUCCGGUGGCGGAGUUCAACACCACGGCCACACCCUUCACCAACCGCUUCACGUUCCACUUCCAGGGGCCCUGUGGGACCACCCUUCCCCCCGCACUGGCUCGCCACGAAACCGAGGUCAUCUAGAGGGCGUGAGCAGGUCGCCCCGACCCACCCCCAACCCCAAAAUCACCACGCCCAUGCAGAUAUGUCACGCUGCAUUGUUUACAAAACCAGCCUGUCUUAAUAUACUACCUGUGUGUGUGUGUGUGUGUGUGUGUGUGUGUGUGUGUGUGUGUGUGUGUGUGUGUGUGUGUGUGUGUGUGUGCAUGUGUACGUGCGCGUGUACGUGCCUGUGUCGGUGUGGGAUUGGGGCGAUUAGGACACUGCCGUGAUAGUUUAAACGUACGUUUCAUACAGCCCUGUUUCCGUUCCACAUUAUGUGUCUCAGUGCUCAGUUCUCAGGAGUACCUGUAGUGGUGGUGGUGCAGCAUAAUUGUGCUGUCGGUGGUUUAAAGCGGCUAAAGAGUAAAGGGGCAGCAUUUUUUAUGCUGUGCAGCUGUGGUGUCUGGCUAAUUUCCUGCACUGGUCCAGCUUCCGGCAGAUCUCCAUGAUUGGCUUUUUCCCGGAGGUGACUGCACUGUUUACUUCCUGUCGCCCAGGCCCUGGGUGCUGUGCUGCUGAAAGUCCCUCCUGUAUCAGACACUCCGAGCUCAUAGCUCUCUGCCGCAACGCAUCAUUCGCAGGUGUGACAAGGUGCAUCAUUUGGCUAAUGAGGUGUUCCCUGUCCAGGAAGUGUGUCUGACCCUCCCGCUACUCAGAAGAGCAAUAUUUUAGGCGUUACACUUUUAUGCACAUCAUUGAGGUAUUAUUUAUGCUGGGGAUGGAAGGGGCUGUUUGAUUAAGAGGGCCUGUUUAAAAUGAUUUGUUGGCAGAUUCACAUUCAAGAUUUUCUUUUUGUUGCCUUACAUUCAGUAGAGAAGAUGAAUGGGCUCUUUGGUUGUUGUUUUUUUUUUUUUUUUUUUUGUAAGCAGAAUGUCUUUUAAUUCAGUGUAAUAUACUUUACUGGAAUCUGCAGAUCCUGCAACUGAAAUGAUUUGCUGGCUGAUGCUUUGCAAUGCAUGGUAGAAGGUGUAAGUAGUAGUGUAAGUUGUAUACAGGACAGUGACCAAAGCAGCCCUUAUGAGACCAAAUCACACCAGUCCAGUGCAAUGGCUAGCUUUGAUACUUAAGUCUAUUACUGGUUUCUUUAACCCUAUAAGGGGUGGUGCUAAGGUCAGUAUUCAGUCAGUCCUCUUUGGGCCAAUCGGAAUGCUUUGCUGUCCACUGCAGGGCAAAAUGAUUGGCCACCGAUGGCAUAUCGUUGCUCCACCCAUUGCACCUACACGUGCCUGUUUAGCAGUACAUUUUAAGACAGUCGGCUGGCAUGAAGUGAGCCGCAGGAUUAUGUCCUCGCGAUUUAUGGAAUAUUUAAAGGAGUGGCUGGUGUACAACGUCGGGACCUUUCUGUGGGUGCAGGAAUUUUAUCAGAAUCCCAUGAAUAUGUAUAUUCCCAUACGGUGGAUCUGGGACGGAAGCUUUCGUCUUGUAAGAUAAAAACUCGACUCGGAUUUCAUAUCCAGCAGGUUCUCUCGCUCUUUCUGAAAAACGCUUUUACUCUGCUGAAAUGAAAUGUGGCUCUGUUGAUUGGGCGGUUUGCCGCUUUGCUGGAAGAAAACCUUGCAGUCCCUUUGACCUUGCUACCCACCAGAAUGGGGGAUUAUUAGCCCUGUGUUCCUCUGCAACUGGUGCUUCCCACAGCUCUGUUCUGUGGGCAGAAGUCUCUGCCUCUGAGCCCGUCACUGUUGUUCAUGCUCUCAACAGUGUCCAUUAAAGAUGAGGCUGGAGAGCCAUUCUUACACAUUGUGCCUUCACCAGACAAAGUGUUCUUCAUGUCCACACCUGUAACUCGCAUCAAAACGACUGGACCGUCAUCAAACCCGGAUAUGUAGUGUUAAUACUGACCUCACAUGAUAUUACGUGUUUGAAUGAAUUCAUUUGACAAACCGUUUAACUCCCUUGUUCUUGUUUUCAGUGUGGUGCGCAUAGACAAUCAUGCACAGCGGGGAGAACAGCGCUAGCUUUCACUAGGAGUACAGGCCUCGGUGUAGGCCUGAGGUCAAACCGCUGCACUCUGUGUAAGUGGGAACAUUGUCAGGGUGGUAAUCUCAGUUAGAAAUUGACUGUAAGAUUCGCUGAGGGAGUCAGAGGGCACCUGGGAGGUCAGUAGGUGGUGGUUAUGCAAGAGUUUACCGCAGUACAUACUGUGUUUAUUGAGUUUUCUUGGCAAAGUGGACCGCUGAAAACACUAAAAGCAUAACUGUGUUGCAUAAUGCUUUGCAAUUUCAUCAUUUGAAUUUCCUGUGGACCAACAUUUUUAUAUUUUUACUCCUGAAAGUUGGAUUUUCUCUUUUGUGGAUGGAUUAACAUCUCUUUUUAUACAGUGCUCUUUCCAGUUUUACACAAGAUGCUUCUGAAUGUCUUUGGCUAUAUUCUUAUGCAAUAAAACGCACAAUAUUUUUUCCA